CCCUGCGAGUAAUUUUUGUUUUUACCACUGCCUUGGACCAGGCCGCGUUACCAUGAGCUUGCCCCUGAACCUCAAGCCCUUGCUGAACUGGCUGACGGGGAAGCUGGUGAUGGUGAAGCUGAAGUGGAGGAUGGAGUACAAGGGCUACCUGAUGUCUGUCGACGGCUACAUGAACAUGCAGCUUGCAAACACAGAAGAAUACAUAGAUGGUGCAUUGUCAGGACACCUUGGUGAAGUUUUGAUAAGAUGUAACAACGUCCUGUACAUCAGAGGAGUAGAAGAAGAAGAUGGAGAAAUGAGAGAAUGAGUUUGUAUAUUUCUGGAAAAUAAAGAUCAGUUUUUCACAAAAAAAACCAAAACCCCUAAAAACCCAGUGCCCUCAGCACGCCCAAAGUUAAGCUAAUGCACAGAAAGGCACUCUGAGUCAAAGGAAGCUGCAGCAUGUGUACACAUACCUGAGCUAGCUUUGAUCUAGCUAGCUCCAGUAACACCCACAAAAGCACAGGUGGCAGCAUGGGCUGCGAAAGCCCAUCCAGGACUCUGGAUAUGUAUUUGAGUGACUAGCCCAAGCUGCACCCUGUUCUGCCAUGGCUUCACUGCUAUUGUUUUUGGAGCUAGCUAGAUAUCUCCCUCUGCAGUGUAGACAUGCCCGUAGACUCAGGCCAAUUAUGCUUAGCAUAACCAAUAUGGCAUGAGGUUAUUUCAACCCUCGGUGAACUACCGGAGUCCCAGAGUUCAGGCUGACCUUGGAUAUUUCUGCUUUCAUGUUCUGUUUGAACAAGAGUGUGGGAAAGGGAGCACCAAGGGGAAGUGAGAGAGACAAUCCGGUGGGAAAAAAUAAUGAGUAACGCUGGGGAAGGAGCCUAGAUACAGAGAGCAAACUCUCCCUUUCCCUUGCUCCUUCAGGCUGAGGUACAUAAGGCUUGUGGAGCGGGGCAGCCUCACUUUCCUGCUGUCCUUCUUGGAACUCUUCCAUGGUUCCCGGUCUCCAGGGCUGUCUUUCAGCCACACAUUAUUAAAAUAAAAGACAUGUAGCAGCACUAACCUCCGACCAGUGCUUUCAUUGAAGGAAUUAAUAGGGUA